AUGAGUUGUGUGUUGGUUUUGUUUGGGUGGGGUGGGUGGGGGGGGGGGGUGGAAAGGGGAAAAAGUAGGGGUGGGGGGGUGGAAAGAGUAGGGGGGGGGUGGGGGGUGGUGGUGUGGGGGAUGUUGUUAGGGGUGGGGGGGGUGGUGGGUGUGUUGAUGGGGUAUGUGGGUGGUGUGAGGUUGUUGGGUUUUGAGUUUGUGUUAGGGUUGGGGGGGGGGGGGUGGUUUAUGGGUUUGGUGGGGGGUGGGAAAGAGAAUAGGGGGGGGGGGGGGUGGUGUGUUGUUGGAAGGAGGAUGUGGGGGUGGGUUUGUGGUAAUGGGUUGUGUAUGGAGUUUUUGGAUAGGGUAAGGGAGAGGAUUUUUGGGGUGGGGGGGUGGGUGGGGUGGGUAGGUGAAAGGGAUGAGGGGGGUGGGAUGGGUUGGGGUGGUAUUGGGUUGGGUGUUGGGGGUUGGGGGAGGUUUGGGUAG